AUGGAUCCUCUCUCAGCUCUCAGAGACUUCACCAUUAGAGGCGAGCUCGACAAAAUCGUCCGCGUCAACGACGAGUUCCGUUUCGCCUCCGACUAUUCCUUCCCUUGCGCCGCCGAAACCGCUUACCGCUCCAAACAGGGCAAUCUUUACACACUCGAAACCCUCGUUUAUUACAUCAAAAAUCACCAUGUCAAGCACACAGAGUAUCUUCAGAACGCUCGCACGCAGGGAGUUACUUCGGUUACUUUCCCGGACCGGAAGCCUUUGCUUGAUUAUCUUACCGGCAAGGUCUCCUCCUCCGACGCCAUUGAGCUUCUUGUCCACCAAAAUCCCAAGUUUCCCGAUUUGCCCUCUGCGAAUGAGUAUCGCCCUGAAAACCCAGUGGUUGUUGGCGCAGCCAUCGAUGCGGUCGAUGAGGACGACGGUUUAAAGGAUUCUACCAAUGUGAAUUAUAUGGCGAUGAUUACGGCUAUUGAGAGACCGUUGAAGGACAGAGAAUCGUUGUUGGAAUGUAAGAAUAGGAAUUUCUACAACGUGCUUGUGGCGUCGACGAAGCGCGAGGAGGAGAGGCAGCGUCUUGAAUCGCAGCAGAGGAAGGAUGGUUUGGUUGCUAAGAGUAGGUUAAUGGGAUCCGAUGACAGGGGUUUGGUGGGGUAUGGUGAUGAUUUGGGUUAUGAUGCGAAUCCGAAACCGAAAAUGCAUUUGAAGGGAGGAAAAAUUGGUGAAGGUGUGCCAAUAAUUCUGGUUCCGAGUGCUUUUCAGACUCUAAUCACAAUAUAUAAUGUGAAAGAGUUCUUGGAAGAUGGUGUUUAUAUACCCACGGACGUCAAGGUUAAGCAGAUGAAAGGGGCGAGGCCUGAAUGUGUGACCGUGCAGAAGAAAUUCAGUAGGGAUAGAGAUAGAGUGGUGACCGCGUACGAGGUCAGGGACAAACCCUCGGCUCUGAAAUCAGAGGAUUGGGACCGUGUUGUAGCUGUUUUCGUAUUGGGAAAGGAAUGGCAGUUUAAAGAUUGGCCCUAUAAGAACCAUGUUGAGAUUUUCAAUAAAAUUAUUGGAUUUUAUAUGCGAUUUGAAGACGAUAGUUUGGAAUCAGCUAAGAAUGUGAAGCAGUGGAAUGUUAGAAUUAUUUCGAUUAGCAAGAACAAGCGGCACCAAGACAGAGCUGCAGCAUUGGAGGUGUGGGAUAGGCUAGAAGAAUUUGUGAGGUCACGGUCGCAUUCUNCCCCCCCCCCCCCCCCCCCCCCUCUUUUUUCUUGUUACCAUGUUGAGAUUUUCUCCUGA